CAGCUUUUCAGCGGCCUCCGCUUCUUCUUCUUUCCAAACAAUGACGUGCACCCUGCACGCCGAAUGCGGAUCGCCAAAGCCAUCGAGCACGGUGCAGUAUGGGAGAAGCAAUGGUCAGAAGCUGUCACUCACGUGAUACUGGACAAAAUGAUAGAUUUUUCGCAGCUGCUCAAGUACUUGCGACUCGCAGAGCUGCCGGCACACAUAGUGGCAGUGUUGGAGAACUAUCCAGCAGAAUGCAUCGCGUAUCGCGCCAUCGUGCAGCCUAAGCAACCUAAGUUUGCUGUUAGAGGACAGAAAGCUACUACAGCUGUCUCAACGCCAGCUCAAGUACCAGAUCUGAUCGCUUUGGACAAGUCUCUUCCAUUAAAGCCUGCCGGCAAGGCAACUCGCGAGCAAGUGACACCUAGUCAGCAAUCUGACGAAGCCGGGGAGCUCGUCACGUUAAUAGCAGAUGUCCCUGUGGACGAUGAGCAUGACCUGGAAUGUGUGGCUGACAGCUUUUCUGCGCCCAGUGUGGAAAGCAACAUGGAUCUCGCAGAGGCAAUCCGCGAGGCAAAAGCCAUGAGUGAUCUGCCUUUAGAUCGUGACCAGGACGCGGAUUUUCCACCCAGCGGAUCCGACAUACUCGACUCAAAUGCCGGUAGCCUCGAUCUGAAGACUAAAACGAGCAAAUUCCAGCAUAUUCAAGACAAAUUCCAGUGUAUGCAAAAACACACUGGCGACCAACCCAAAGACUGUCCAAACUCUUCAACUAUCAACAUCUUACAGCAGAUGGCAGAUUAUUACGAACAGACCGGCAAUGCGUGGAGGCUUCGGGCAUAUCGCAAAGCCAUCACGACACUCCGCAAGCACCCUGUAAAGGUUCGCACGAAGGAAGAGGCACAGAUGCUACCAAACGUAGGCGAGCGGCUCGCCAUCAAAAUCGAAGAAAUUGCAUUCACGAAUCGACUUCGACGCCUCGACAACGCCAUCGCAGAGCCAACAGAUCAAAUAUUGAAGGUAUUCAUGAACAUCUAUGGAGUUGGCUACGAAACCGCGAGUAAAUGGGUCCGUCUGGGGUUCAAAACAUUAGAUGACCUGCUCGAAAAAGCCGAUUUGACCGCCAAUCAAAAAAUCGGAAUUCAGCGUUAUGAUGACUUUCUGCAACGCAUCCCCCGCGCCGAGGUCGAGGAACAUGGCGCUUUGGUCCGGCAGGAAUUACACAAGAUCGAUCCCGCGUUCGAGGUCAUCAUCGGCGGCUCCUAUCGACGCGGCGCGCGAGAUUCCGGAGAUAUCGACUGCAUCAUCACCCGUCCCAAUACAAGCGCCAAUCACAUCCACAUGGUCGUGACGGAACAAUUGAUGCCGACGCUCUUUAAGAAAGGUUUUCUACAAGCCGGACUGGCCGUGACAUCCCGCGAUGAUGGGUCCAAGUGGCAUGGCGCGUCUUGUCUGCCAGGCUUGAAUGUCUGGCGCCGGAUCGAUUUCUUGUAUGUGCCUUCCGACGAGAUCGGUGCGGCACUGAUUUACUUCACUGGAAAUGUCAUUUUCAAUCGAUCCUUGCGACUUUUGGCGAGCAAGAAGGGCUUGCGUCUGAAUCAGCGGGGCUUGUAUAAGGAUGUGGUUCGUGGGCCCGGACGGGUGAAGCUCACGGAGGGAAUCCUCGUCGAGGGAAAGGAUGAGAAGAAGAUUUUUGAGAUCUUGGGGGUUCCAUGGAGACCCCCGGAGCAUCGGAUUUGUUAG